AGCGAGCGCGACGGAUCAGUAUACCCAGAAUUCCUUCGCCGGAAGUAAAUAAGUGUCAACAUGGCGAGACGGCCGCUGAGAAGUGGAGAGGUGGUUGUAGUCGUGUAUUUCGCCUGCUUCGCAUCGCUUUUAGUAGAGCCCGUGGUCACCCAGCUCCACCACCAACAGAGUAUGGCAAUCAGGGUGACAGCAGUGGGAGAUGCAGAGCAAGUAAUGGACCUAGAGAUUUAUUUUACCAUCUUGGCAGUUGAUGGCCAGUUUUAUGUGAAUGAAAUUCCAGUUAGCCUUUCUGGUGUGUCAAGGCUUAACUGCAGUGCUUUUUUUUCGAAAAAUGGAAACGACAGUAAAGCAGAUACCAAGUCUCAAGCUGUAACAGUCCUUGUCCGAAUUCUGCUCCGGUUGUGGCCUUUAGAAACAGAUUCUCAGCUAAACCUUCUUGUUUUUAAUGAAGAAGUAAUUGAGGUUGAAGGAGUGCAGGUGCAGCAGUCAGAUAUGUACGAAAUAAAUAUUUUGAUGUCGAAGGAGUUCAAGAAGCUAAGGCAGUCUACCUACUCAUUCCCUAUGAAAGAAAGCAUGGUACACAGUAUACCUCCAGAGAGUGAUUACUUGUAUACUGUUCCAAAUCUUUCACCUGAAGUGGAUAAUCAAGCUCCUCUGCAGACCACUAGCCACUAUCCAAUAAAACAGGCUGAAACAACAGUGGAAGAACAGGCAACAGCAGGCAAAUUACUAGAGACACCACUUGGAAUGUAUCCUGACAUUUACUUUGAUAAGGAAAAUAUGGUAGCAGACAUGUUGCCCGGUGAGCAACUUCCGGAGACCCCUCUUAGAUCUGAACCAACAUCUUCUUAUAAGGUAAUAUGCCAGUGGAUGGAGCACAUGAGAGAGAAACUUCACCGUUUCUUGACUGAAUCACUUCCCCUUUUCUUCUCUGUGAUGUGGGUUGUCGUUGUAGGAGUUGUUGGGUCAUCUGUGGUACUUAAACUCCUGGAAAUGGUUUGUCCUUCCUGUGAGCACAAGGGUAUCUUGAAACUGGAUCCAGUUACUUUUACACCUGUAGAAGAGGUACUGGAGGAGCAACCUUUGCUUCAGAAUGAGCAAGAAGAUGAGAUCCAAGGAGAUGGAAACCCUUGAAAGAGCACACAUGGGACAAUAGGCUUUUCCAAAUUACUGGGUCUGCUGAAUUCAUCACUCAAAGAAACAAAUGGACUGCUAUUAAAAUUGUUCAAAAUAAGACUGGCUUCUCCCAGUAACAGAAGAGUU